AUGCCGUGGUUUAUUGGAGGGGAUUUCAACACAAUCCUCUCCGCGGGAGACAGAAUGGGGAGUGACACAAACCGCCUGGCUGAAAUGGUGGACUUUGCAGAGGCUAUUGAAGACUGUGGUCUCUUGGAUCCAGGGUAUGAUGGAUCAGACUUUACUUGGGCUAAGAAUGGCCUUAUGGAAAGGCUAGACAGGGUGCUGAUUAAUGAGGUGGCGUCUCAACGGUUCGAGGCAAUACGAGUCACAAACCUCCCCCGUAUUGCAUCGGAUCAUGGCCCUCUCCUUGUCCGAUGCAAGAUGCCUAAUACCCCCGGAGGAGGUAAAGCCUUUCGGUUCCAAAACAUGUGGGUACGGCAUGAAGGAUUUAAUGAAUUGGUGAGGGAAGAUUGGGGGACCCCCACGGAGGCGGCGGGUCUCCUCAACUUGAAGCUCAAGCUAGCAAGGAUUAAGAGAACAUUAAAACGGUGGAAUAGAGAGAAGAGGGUUCGGCUACGGAUACACAAGAUCAACGUGAAUGGGUGUGAACUCACGGAAGACUCGGCCAUCCAAGCAUCGGUGGUUGAGUUUUAUCAAAACCUUCUUGCUCCAUGCAAUCCGGUACUUACGGAACCGGACCUAAGCCUCCUACACCGACUUCCCCCUUCGGAGUCUUUGGCGGCCCUCCCCGAACCUCCAGAUGCGGAUGAAGUGAAAAGAGCGGUCUUCGACAUCUCGGCCAAUAGUGCUCCUGGACCGGAUGGCUAUUCGGCUCUCUUUUUCCAAGCCUGCUGGAGCAUUGUGGGAUCGGAUGUGGUGGAUGCGGUUAGACAAUUUUUCGGCGGGGCCUUUCUUCCCCGAAGCUUCACGGCCACAAGCAUUGUACUCAUCCCGAAGAAGCCCAUUCCAGAGUCAUGGGGAGACUACAGGCCCAUUAGUUUGUGUAAUGUGAUCAAUAAGGUGAUUACUAAGAUACUCUCCAAGCGACUGGCCCCUUUACUCCCACGCGUGGUAGCUCCCAACCAAAGUGGUUUUGUCAAAGGGAGACUCCUCAAUGAUAACGUAGUACUUGCUCAGGAGAUGUUCCAUGAGCUACAACGAAGCACACCGGCCCCUAAUGUUGCAAUCAAGAUAGAUAUGGCCAAGGCCUAUGAUCGAGUUCAAUGGCCGUUUCUCCUAAAAGUCCUUAAACACAUGGGAUUCCCCGAGCCGUGGGUGGACCUCAUCCAGAGAUGCAUUGGGUCUUGUUGGUUCUCAAUCCUUGUCAAUGGGGCGCCGGCCGGUUUUUUCAAAUCUACCCGUGGCCUUAGGCAAGGGGACCCCAUCUCUCCCGCCCUAUUCGUCCUGGCCGCGGAUUACCUCUCGAGACUUCUUGAUAAACUCAUCCUCGGCAACAAAGAAAUGACGUUCAAAGCAACCCGGGGAAGGUGGACAAACACAAUACAAAGGGAAGGAGGAUUCUCUCGAGGUACGUUCCCGUUCCUUUACCUUGGAGUCCCUAUUUACCGAUGUGUGAAGCGCUCGAGCAUGUUCUUGUUCCUCCGUGAGAAAAUCGCGGCUAGGAUCUCUGGGUGGGCCCAUCGACACCUCUCCUUUGGGAGGAGACUUACUCUGAUUAAAAGCACACUCGAAGCGAUACCACUUCAUAUCUUCCAAGCUAUCGAGCCUACGGGCGGUGCCCUCAAGCAAUUGGAUCAGCAAAUGGCCCGCUUCUUUUGGGGGUCAACUAAUGAGAAGAAGAGGACGCACUGGAUAAGCUGGGAACAGGCUUGUCUACCAACGGCCGAGGGGGGAUUGGGCAUCCGGAAGAUCAAGGAAGUCUUAAGAGCCUUUAACAUCAAGUUAUGGUGGCGGUUUAGGGAACAAAAUUCCUUGUGGGCUACGUACUUAAUGGCUAAAUAUUGUCAAAAGGUCUCCCCGCUAACAGCUAGACCAUUGGGGAGGGGAAGCCCUACGUGGAAGAGGAUUCUGAAGGCUCGGCCUCUUGCUCAACCGCACAUUCGAUGGGUGGUGGGAGAAGGGAAGAUGCUAUUUUGGGAUGACUUAUGGCUUGGAGAGACGCCUUUGAGAGAACUUAGCCUUGAUGAUAGAGGAGGGCCUCUCGCUCGGGUGGCGGACUACAUUAAGGAUGGUGCAUGGGAUGAGCCUAAAUUGCGGAAUCUCCAAGCGCAAGCUGGCCUAGCACAACAUAUCGUACAAAAGAUCCUCGACACACCCGUCAUCUCGGAUGGGCCGGAUGUACCAAGAUGGAGAUUAUCAACCAAUGGAGAGUUCUCACUUGCUACUACAUGGGAGACUUUACGAAGUCAAAUGCCGAUUGUGCAAGGCCUGGACGACAUUUGGAGAGCAGCAACACGUGACGGCCCAGCUUGGCAAAGCGCCAUUUUACUUUCGGAAGGAGGGGAAGUUGUUGUGGCUAUUUCGGGCAAAUUGACUAACGCGCCACCCAAGGCCUCUUGUCCCAUGCUAGAGUCUUCUCUCUCCAUUCGGCCAUCUUGUGGUAGGUUGAGCCCCCCUCCGUCACCGGUUACCAUGUCCGCGCCGGGCGCAAGGUCGUCGGCCGGAGCGUCACCAUCCUUUCCCGCGCCGGCGAUUUCUUCAAUGUUCUUAGGAUCUUCUUCACCGUUGGGAGAGGGGGAGUUCUCCACCGGCGACGAGAAGAUGGAGCCUUUACAUUUUGGCCUUCCGACCGGCGAGCUACCCUCGGCCCCAAAAUCAAUCUUCUUCCGGAGCUGCUUGUCUUCCGGCAUAGGUGAGGGUACAAAUCUUUUCCGGCCCGUACUUUUGGUGGGAGGAGCUGGCGUGCUUUUUCUCUCCUUCACCUUCGAUUUCAUGGUUUUCUUCGCCGUUUUCUUCGAGGGAGGGUUAAUGGAAGAGUCUCCCUCCGACAUGAACAACUUCAUGGAGAAUGAUAUGGAAGAAGAGGAGAAUUGGGAAGACUCCACCGCUCACAAUGAAAACGAUGAUGGAGCCAACCCCACCCAUAUGGAAGCCGUGACACCUCAUGAAGGGAAUGGCCUUCAAAUCCAAACGAUGAAGGGAAACUCAAAAGCUUGCUGA